GCUGCGCGACACCCCGCCCUCUCCCGCUUCCGUGCCGUGAGCUUCGCCGGAAGUGGGUUUCCUGCGUAGCGGUUUCCAUGGCGAUGGAAGAUGGCGCCUCGGAAUCGCCAACUCUCCUCCACCCCUCUGGAGAUUCUCCUGUUCCUUAAUGGCUGGUAUUACGCAACAUAUUUUCUGCUGGAGAUUUUCAUAUUUGUCUAUAAAGGACUCCUGUUGCCCUACCCCUCUGCCAAUUUGGCUUUGGACCUGAUUAUGCUUUUUCUCUAUCUUGGGAUUGAAGUGACCCGGAUAUUUUUUGGCUCAAAAGGGAACCUCUGUCAACGGAAAGUGCCACUUGCUAUCAGUCUGGCUUUAACCUUUCCAGCAGCAGUGAUGGCAGCCUAUUAUCUGCUGCUGCAGACUUAUGCUCUGCGGCUGGAGGCCAUCCUUAAUGCUAUCCUCCUCCUCUUCUAUGCUGUGGAGCUGUUACUGGGUGUUCUCACUCUGGCUGCCUUCUCCAGUUUGGACACUUACUGAGAACCUUUGUGGGCUGUAAUGUAUGGAACCGUGUGCUCUUCAGAUUGGAG